AUGUCGUGUUAUUAUCUACUUCCCCCGUGCCUUGAUAGUCUAAAUAAGAAACAGUGUCUCGAUUGGCGCGAUAUUUGCGAUGGUGAAAUUGAUUGCUUAGACGGCAGCGAUGAGCAAUUGAAAUUAGGUCAACAGCUAUGUUAUCAAACUCUGUCUAUGGAUUGUGAACCCGGUUACGUUGAUGACGAACAUUUACCUUGUGCUGACUUAAUCCGUCUCUACGUUAGAUUAAGGAAGGAAAUUUCGGAUCAGCAGCCGUUUGAUAUAAAACAUGAACUACCGAGAAAAUGUAAAACUACAGAUAAAUUGAUUCCGAUCUAUAAAUACUCACAUUUCUUUUCGCCAUUUGUAAAUGCGUAUUUAACUCAUGAAUCAAUCCAAGAACUCAUUGAUACAGCUAUAAUUGAUCCAAUUACAUUCUUGUUGUCUCCUGAUGUAUUUUGCGUGAGCAAUCAAACUAGUCAAUGUUCAACAAAGAGGGAUGCUUUCCGACACUGGUCCAUCCCAUUCGAUGGUUUAUUCGGAAUAAAAUUAAAAACGAACUUGUGUGAAGAACAUCCUCAAAAUAUUUAUUAA